AACCGUACCAACAGCCUGUCCCGAAAAAGUAGCUAUUUCUUUCUACCUGCAUGUACAUAUUUCUUUCGAAUGCUUUGCAUAGAUAACGCGAGCUAACUUCCAAUGAAUUGUUUUAUAUGUGGCUGGACUUUGUGCUGCAUGUUUUUAGGGAUAGGAAGUUUGCUGGCAAGUGGCUAAGGUAUAACGUUAGCUAUGAUGUGAAACUUCGAGUCAUUCAACUGCUAUCCAACUAACGUUACUGUAGUUAGCCAGAAUGCUAUCGUUCCGUCAAUUAUUGUGGCUAUUUUUUAGCCUAGCUUUUAUUUUACUCUCACAAUGCACCUAUGCAAAAGACUUAAAAAGCUCAUGUAAUACCUGCAAACAGAUAGCUGAUAACUUCAUUAAGGGAUUGGACCUAACAAAAAAACAGAACUUUGGUGGAGGAAACACCGCUUGGGAGGAGAGGGCACUUUCCAAAUAUGAGACGAGUGAGAUCCGCCUAGUUGAGAUUCUGGAGAAUCUGUGUGACAGCAGCAGCUUUGACUGUAACCACAUGGUAGAGGAGCAUGAGGACCACUUUGAGACCUGGUGGUUCAAGAGGCAAAAGAAGCAUCCUGAUCUGUAUAAGUGGUUCUGCAUUGAUACCAUCAAUGUGUGCUGUUUGAAGGGAACAUUUGGCCCUGAUUGCAAUGCCUGUGUGGGGGGUUCCGAGAGGCCUUGCCAUGGCAACGGUGUGUGUGAUGGUGAUGGAACACGAGGGGGUAAUGGCAGGUGCGACUGUGACCAUGGUUACAAGGGGGAGUUCUGUCUGGAUUGCAUCGACGGAUACUUCAAUGAAAUUAGGAACGACACAUUUUCACUAUGCACAGAUCUAAGCAAUGUGCCUAGGGGACAGGCUAGGGGUGUAUUUGGAGCAUGCAUCUCAGACCACCUUUCCCACUCAAUCCCAUACACUACAGAGUGCCAUUCCUCCUGCAAGACCUGCACUGGUCUAACCAAUGAGGACUGUGAGAAGUGCAAGACUGGCUGGGGGGAGGAUGACGAGGGGGCCUGUCUUGAUGUGAACGAGUGCUUGAACGACCCUCCUCUCUGCAAAGAGGAUCAGUACUGUCUGAACACAGAUGGCUCAUUCUCCUGUAAAGGCUGUGACAAGGUGUGUUCAGGCUGUACUGAGGCAGGGCCUGAUAAGUGCCAGAGCUGUGCUCCUGGGUACCAGGACACAGAGGGCACCUGCACAGAUGUGAACGAGUGUGAGCAGCCUGACUCUGUGUGUACUGCGGAGAACCAGGAGUGUGUGAACAACAAAGGAAGCUACAUCUGUAUCUGUGCCAGCAGGUACGAGGAACAGGAGGGAGUCUGUGUCAAAAUACCCGAGCCAGGUGCAGUUGUAUCAGAUGACUCUUGGUUCUCUUGGUUGACACUGUAUUUCACAUCACUGCAUGAUCAAGCAAAGGAGAAUGUGGAGGCGCCUGAAACAGUGAAACGUCCAGAAGAGCACGUGGACCUUUGACCUCAGGAAAAGAACCAAUCGGAACAAACCAGGAAGAGCAUUUGGAGUAAAUGUAUUAGAUGGGUGUGACCUGUGAGACUACACCCCUAUAGCUCACAGCAUCAAAAUAUCUUGAGGCCACUACUUUUAAAUAAUGACAUGGCAGUUAUUGAACACUUGACAUGCAUACUGCACUCUUUACAGACUUUUAUACCUGUGGAUUAUGGAUGGAUAGCCAACAGAAUGGCUGAGAAAAUAAAGGUUCAACCCCCAAGUACUCUG